AUGCUACUCGGACGAACCGCCCACAGCCAGCAGCUCAGCUAUAAAGACAGCAUCCAAGCGUUAGCCUACAGCAAUAUCGCCACCUCCUCAGUGGAAUCCAUCGGCGAUGUCUGGUUGAACAUCGCGGGCUUUGCGGAGACCGAACUCCCGCACAUCCAGACGGUGGUGGGAAUACACUCCUUGGAUAACGCCCGCGAGCUACAGGUGAUCACGAAUCUGGCGCAAAGCGCCGCGAGUCAGGCACUCUGGGGCGAUCUCGUGUUUCUGCACAACGUCUUUUCAAUGAACGCCUAUCCCGCGUACGCCAACGUCACGAGCACGCAGAUGCAGGCCGGUCUGUUAGACGCUGUGAGCGGCAAGAAUGGGCCGGAACAGAGCUUGAUUGAGCUCUACGCCAGCACAUCGAGCGCCCCGGGUCUAGGGGUGGCGUACCGCGCACUCCCUUCCCAGUACAACAAGCAGCAGCAGAGCAAGGCCGACAUCUUGUCCUCGUACCACGCAUGUUGCCGUGGACGCCGCCCGUAUUUCACUGCUUGGGAGCAUCAUGGGAGCUGGAAGUCGGGCGGCCCACGCGAUAUCUGCUACGAGGGCUGCUGCAUCAGCUGGAGCGCAAAUGCCACCUUCCAGAUUAAGAACCUUUAUAACGAUGCCCAGCGCUGUUAUAGCGUCUGCGUGAAUGCGUCCGGGGGCGUCAGCUGCGAGGCUUACAACGUCAGUCUGCAGGGAACCAUUGUCAACCAGUGCUUGAGCAACCGGCCGAAUGGAUGCGCUUAG